AUGUCCAAGACCACAGAGCCCAAGCCAAUGUCCAGCAGGCAGAGAUGCCCCCAGGCCAAAGGUUUGGAGAGCGUGGCCCCUCUGGUGAGCACUGUGGAGGAAAGCCCUGACCCCAUCGCCACCACCAUCAAGGGAACGAUCCCAACAUGGAUCAAUGGGAGCUUCUUGAGGAACGGUCCAGGAAAGUUUGAAUUUGGCCAAGACAAAUACACCCACUGGUUCGACGGCAUGGCCAUGAUGCACAGAUUUCACAUCAGCGACGGCAAAGUGACGUACACUAGCCGCUUCCUGCGAAGCGACUCGUACGUGCAGAACUCAGCCAAGAAUCGUAUCGUGGUAUCAGAGUUCGGAACGCUGGCCAUGCCCGAUCCUUGCAAGAAUAUCUUCGCUCGCUUCUUCUCACGUUUUCAGAUCCCAAAGGCCACAGACAACGCAAGCGUGCAUUUUGUCAAGUACAAGGGAGACUUUUACGUGAGCACAGAAACAAAUUACAUGAGAAGAAUUGACCCUCAAACCCUGGACACGAAAGAAAAGGUGGACUGGAGUCAGUACAUUGCUAUCAAUGCAGCAACAGCUCACCCACAUUAUGACCGCCAAGGUGCCACAUACAACAUGGGCAACUCUUAUGGAAAACGAGGUUUCUUCUACAACAUCAUCCGCGUGCCCCCACCCGAGGAGACGGGGGCGAGCGAGGACUGCGCAGACCUCUACGGAGCCAAAGUGAUAUGCUCCAUCCGAGCCAGUGAACCCAGAAAACCCUCCUACUAUCACAGCUUCGUAAUGUCAGAAAACUACAUAGUGUUUGUGGAGCAGCCCAUCAAGCUGGAUCUUCUCAAAUUCAUGCUGUACCGCAUUCAGGGAAAAAGUUUUCACAAAGUCAUGACCUGGGAGCCCCAGUACGAUACAAUCUUCCACCUGGUCGACCGGCACACUGGCAAAGAGAGUGAAGUGAAGUACCGCGCGGCUCCCAUGUUCACGCUGCAUCAGAUCAACGCCUUUGAGGACAACGGCCUGCUGGUUAUGGACAUGUGCUGCGGUGAUGACGGCGAGGUUAUCGGAGACUUUACCCUGGAGAACCUCCGUCGAGGCCCUGGAGAGGAGAUGGACAAGUUCUACAAUACCCUUUGCAGAAACCUGCCAAGAAGAUAUGUCCUCCCAUUGAACGUGGAUAAGCAAACUCCUCUGAACCAGAACCUUGUGACCUUGCCCAACUAUACAGCCACAGCCAAGAUGACCAAGCCUGGAGAGGUUCACCUGACCCACGAGGAACUUCAUGAUGACGAACUGCUGCAGUACGGUGGCCUGGAGUUUCCUCAGAUCAAUUACGAGCACUACAAUGGACGACCUUACCGCUACUUCUACUCAUGUGGUUUUGGCCACGUCUUCAGCGACUCUCUGCUCAAAAUGGACGUGCACACCAAAGAGCUCAAGGUGUGGCGGUACGCUGGUUUGUUCCCGUCUGAGCCUGUCUUUGUUGCUUCGCCUGAGGCAACCGAGGAAGAUGAUGGAGUUGUGCUGUCAGUCAUUAUAACACCACGAGAAGACAAAAGUACUUUCCUUCUCGUUCUGGAUGCGAAGACCUUCACUGAACUGGGCAGAGCAGAAGUCCCUGUCAAUAUCCCAUACGGAACCCACGGUAUCUUUAACCACCUGGCCUAG